UUCUGCUCAGAGGAAAUGGGCGUUCUCCUUGGAAAGUUUGGAUGGAGUGACUGAAAAAAUAAGGGGGUGUGGUAUGGCUGGAAAGGGUAGGACCACCAAGAGGGACGAAUCGUUGUAGUAGAGUGGUGAAGCUGCUUCUACGCAGCUCCUGAGACCCGAUUCAGAAAGACAAGCAAUACACAGGGGAGUUGAAAAAUGGCAUACCUGCUUAUGUUUGUGACCCUGCUGCAUCUCAUCACACUGGCAAUUCUGUUCAUUGCUACUAUGGAGAAGUCCUGGUGGGUGUGGGAUGGCAUGGAGAACUCCGACCUAUGGUACAACUGUAGGUUUGACAACUUCACGGAAACCUGGUUGUGUGCAUCCUCCAAAGAAACUGAUUGGCUUAAGGCAGUGCAGGUCCUGAUGGUUCUCUCGGUGGUCUUCUCCUCUGUGUCCUUCUUGGUGUUCCUGGGUCAACUAUUCACCAUGUCUAAGGGUGGACUCUUCUACUUCACUGGGCUGUGUCAAGUCUUUGCAGGGCUGGCCGCCUUUUCUGCAGCUCUCAUUUAUACAUUACACAAAAAGGAAAUCCUUCAAGACUCCAGAGAACUGACAUCCGGACACUUUGGCUACUGCUUCAUCCUGGCUUGGGUGUGUGUCCCCUUGUUGCUGUGUAGUGGGGUCAUAUACAUCCACUUGCGUAAGAAAGAAUGACCAGAAAAGGGAAAACAACAAUGUUUUUUGGGUUGUUUAUUUUUUAUGGCAAAAAUAAAUACAUUGACUUGUUGUUAAUCAGAAAUGUUUGUUGCAGGACCACGAAUGCCUGUCAUUAUUAUUGCUUGGGCUUUGGUUAAUUUGCUAAUAUUGUUAUGCCCUCACUGUGUAUUGGUUUUCUCUUUAGCAAACAUUUAAUCCUCAAUAUCAAUCCAAAAUAUAAUGUGCCCCUUAUUUUUUAAGUCAUGUCUACUAUAAGAGUUUUUUUUUUGUCCACUGUUGUCCUGUGUUUACCAAGAAAGGUAAAUACCAAAGCA